AUGGUUGUCAGUAACGAUGAUCUUUUCAGGCGUUCUACGCAGUAUAGGUUUUGGUCCUUUACGCGCCCACAGCUAGCGGAGUUGCGCAUUGUUGCCAACAAAAAAGGAAUACAAAAGACCGAGGAAAGGAUCAAUGAAUUGGACGAGUUUCUACCAGAAGCGAAGUUAGUGAGAGAGAACCAGGACCAGUUCCAAUUCGUCCAUCUUGACGAGGAAAAGAAACUUAUAAGUUAUUACGCCCGUCGAUGUAAAGAGCUUGCCGCAUUUUUCCAUCUAUCUGCUCAGGUAAGAUCUACUGCCAUCAUGUAUCUAUACAAAUUCUACCUAUAUCAUUCUGUGAUGGAAUAUCAUCCAGGAAACAUCAUGCUUACCUGUUUGUUCUUAGCUGCCAAGGUUGAGAACCACUUUAUAGGGAUAAACACCUUUUGCAAGAACAUUCCCAAGACGACCCCUGAAGCCAUAUUGAAGAACGAGUAUCUUAUUUUGGAGACCAUGAAAUUUUCUCUCCAAUGCCACCAUCCGUUUCAGCCAUUGUAUGGCUUCUUCCUUGACAUACAACAGACGCUUCCGAAACUAGACUUCAACAGACUUGGUAAGAACUAUGACGGUGCGAGGGAGUUGGUCAACGAGAGCUUGUUUACUGAUCUGCCAUUCCUAUACACUCCGCCUCAGAUAGCUUUGGCCUGCUUAUGGUUGUGUGAUGAUGUAUUGGUGGAGAAGUAUCUUUCAAAGAAGUUUGGUCUAGCCAAGAAGACUGAACAGGAAGACGAAGAUGCAUUACAGUGCUACAACAAAAUAAUGGUCAUAAUACGACAUUGUGCGGAUGUCGUGCGAAAUGAAGCACUAGACCCGUCUCAAGAAGAGAGCAAGACAAUCUCGGCCAAGAUCAAACUAUGCUUGGAACCAAUCAGGUUCGGAAGAAAGCUGAUGAAACAAAAUGGCGAACAAGCUGCGAAACGAUCUGCCAGCAUUACUGAGGGAGGUGAUGAAAAAAGAGUCAAACUGGAAACAGAGUAA